AUGGCGAGGGCAACAGAUUCCCAGCCCGUGCUAUUGGGGAUCACUUGGGCGGAGACCUUCCUCGGCGCCCUCUUCUAUACCCUUCGUUUCAUCAACAACUGGACACUAAUCCAUCGCUUUCGAUGGGAUUUUGCAUUGGCGUCACUCACAGUGAUCUUCCUCCAGCUGUCCGUCGACGCCGGUAUGGGACGUCACAUCUCAGGGCUGGCACCUCAUGAGAUUGUGGUGUCGUUGAAAUGGGCUUGGGUGUAUCAACUACUCGCCAUCGCCUCAAGUUGCAUCGGAAAAUUGGCCAUCGUGGCUUUUCUCGCCCAGAUUCGAGGUUCCCACACGGGAAAGCCGUGGUUUCUCUGGAUUCUGUCGGGCCUCAUAAUCGCCGUAAAUGUGACUGUACUCGGCACGAUCCUAGGCCAGUGCAGGCCGGCGCAGAAGUUAUGGAACGAUGCCCUUCCUGGGUCUUGCGACCCUGGUCGAGAGGUCAAUCAAAACUACUCCUACUUCCAAGCCAGCUUCAACUCUUUUUCCGACGCUGCCUUGGCCUUGUACCCCAUGACGUUCCUUGCAAAGCUGCAGAUGAAGUUGCGACUAAAGGUUGCGUUAUGCAUACUGAUGGGAAUGGGGUGGAUUGCAGCGGCAUGCUCCGCUAUCAAGACCUAUGAACUACAGCGACUCACGCAAACCACCGACACAACUUACGCCCUCACCCCUCUGCUGAUCUGGGCAUCGACCGAGGCUUGGAUCAUCGUCAUUGUUGGCUGCGUCCCACCCAUCCGCCCGCUCAUCGAACGGCUUUUCCAGAAAUUGGGCAUCAUCAAGAAAACAUCCGUUCAGGCCUCCCGGCCCAACGGCUACGGCGGCUUCAACAUCAUGGACCGUUCUGCCACCGAGGGGAUGAACCAUUCACAGGUUCAAUCUCGAGCCUAUUGGGGAGGCAAGAAGGAAGAACAGGGGUGGUUGGAAUUGACCACUCGCAAACCCGGGAUCGGCACAAUCAAUGAGAGCAAGGAGGUCAUUGUCUCUGAUCGCGAUGUGCUGGUGACGACGGAUAUCGUCAUAACAGAAGGUUAUGCGGACGGCCAGAACAGAACGGAAGGCGAAGGGGAGAGAAAGAGCCAGGAUACAAUAUCGGAAGCAGUGGCAGGGCGGAAUCGUGAUCCUGCGAGGGUCGUGUAG